CUUCGUGUGCCGCGUGUGCGUGUUUUUCUCCCGAAGCACAGUGAAAAAGCGAUUGGAAGGAACCCGGUUUUUCGAAACCUGCCCUCAACAACAGCGGCGAGUCAGAAUGCGGAGCCCAGUGUAGAUCCAUCCAUUCCAGCGAGUGAACACAGAGGCAAGUACAUGCGGGUGAACAAGCAAAGAGAAGAGAAAAAAAAGCAAACGAAGAGGUGGCUGACUUGCCAUUAGCGGCUUGAUUGAUUGAUUGAUUUGAACACAGUGAACCGCUGUGCGGACGCCGUCUAAGUGCAUUGAAGGGAGAAGGUGUUGGAACGGUUCAGUCACGAACGGUGCGUUUGUUCGGUGCGUUUCCGCGCCCGACUUUUGACAAGUGCAGACACCCGGAUUUUCUAGUUGCGAAAUGAUGGAACAAACUUGUUUCCGGCGAAGGAUUAUUAGCAGUGCCGUACUAUGAACGAGUGUUGAGACACGAAGAACGCGGUUCGAUUUUGGAUCUGAUAAAAAGUGUGGUAUUAGUGUUUACUCAACAGUGAGAUAAAAAAGCAAACGUUUGAUCUGUGAUUAGUUAGUAAAUUUCCGAGUUAUUAGCAAACAUGUUGUGUAGAAGUCCGCCGCCCGCGAGCCCGGCUGUAUCGGAGAUCUCGGUAGGUUCGCCUAGUCCACCACCGGUGGUGGAGCAUCAUCUACAUCGUCUGCAAGCCCAUCACAACAGCAGUCGAGGCGAUGAUUACUUCAGUCCACUUAAGCGGUUACGAGGAGUUGAACAUAGCAGUAUAAGUCCACCCAAGGAUGAACCGGUGAGCCCACCGCGGGAACGACCAAGUCCUCCGACAUCUGCCGCUUCAUCUGCCGCCACCGUUAAGUCCUUCUCGAUAGCGGACAUCCUUGGCCGGGACACGGAUACCAGCAAUCGUGAUAGUGCAUUGACUCUGCAUCACCACCAUCAUCACCACAGCACGCUUCAAGCGGCCGCCACCAAAAUAGUGCGACCAUGGGAUCACCUGCGGGGUCCAAUCCCGGUUCGGCCAUUUCUGCCUCCCGCUUUACUGCACUACGAGCAUCGACUAGCACUGGACUACCAUCAGCAGCUUCAGGAGCACUUCCGGGCGCAGGCACAGCUACUGCGGCAUAUGAGCAUGGACAUCAUCCCCUCGGAAAGCGGCUCGGAACGAUCGAGUUCGGCGGCCAGCGGAGACUGCUGUUCGCCAGAGAUAGGCCGAACCUCCGAUCACCAUCAGUCGUCCCAGUCGUCCUCCUCUGGAUCACAUAAUAACAAUAACAACAACAACAACAGCGGAGGCGUUGUCGGAAGCGGCAAAACCGGUGUGAAGACGGGCCCGAACGGCACCCCACUGGAUGCGUUGUUCCAAAUGACCAACAAGAACUUUGACGAGGCGAAUGAGGAUGGAGAGCAAUCGCAUUUGAACCUAUUCGCCAACCGGCCCCAACCAAAGAAGAAGAGGAAAUCACGGACGGCGUUCACGAACCACCAGAUUUUCGAGCUGGAGAAACGAUUCCUGUACCAAAAAUACCUCUCGCCCUCCGAUCGGGACGAGAUUGCCGCCGCCCUAGGAUUGUCCAAUGCGCAGGUCAUCACCUGGUUCCAGAACCGCCGGGCGAAGCUAAAGCGCGACAUGGAGGAGCUGAAAAAGGACGUCGAAACCGUCAAGAUCAUGUCCGCGCAGAAGACGUUUCUCGAGAGUGUCAACGAUAUGAACAUCCUGAAGAAAAAGAUCGUCACGGCCCACGACGAUCAGGGCGGCAGUCCACACAAAUAAUAUUGGGCACCGGGUGGCGGCGGAGGCACAGGCGCUGGCGGCAACCGGCUCUGUACCACCGACACUAGCCUAAGCACCGUGAUUGGGCCGUGCCCGAAAACACCGGCCGAACAGCAAGCCGCCACCAAAACCCUUAUCAAUCUCACCACCUACGGUAGACUGCUACAGACGCUGGCCAGCGCCGAUAAGACUUGAAACGACUGAGAGCGCGAGUGUGCAUGGAAGUGUAUAUGACGAGAGCGAGAUUAUGUUUAGAAGUUUUUGUCCUAUUGUUAAAUGGUUAGUUUGAAAGUUUUAUCGAGUAGAUAAUUUAUUUGAUUAGAAGAGGUUCCCCCUCCGGUCUCAGCAACCUUGCAAAACGUAAGUCAUCAAAUUCAAGUGCACCUAGUUGCAGUUUCCUUUCUCACUCGCAUUAAGAAUCCUGAAUACAUAGUCUAUGUAAAUAUCGCCGAACGAAAGCAGUGAAACACAAAUUCGUGAGACUAAUAAUAAACUGAAACCGUGUAAACUGGUUUAGUAGCUGCUUUGAGUAUUUGUAAAUAGUAUUUUUAACGUGUCGAGCGAGGGAGAGGUAAGAAAAAAUUCCGCUUUUUCGCUUCAAGUUUAAUUAUUCUGGUGACUUCGAACAGUCACUGCAAUACUUGAUUUAAUUGGGCCGACCUCUAGUAGAGUGAGUGUAAGACAGGAAUUCAACGCUCAACGGCGGCUGUAAAUAAAAGCUAAUAAAUUGGUCGCUUGGCGUCCUUUCGCGUUCGAAACUCAAGUGGAAACGGUCAAACUGUGUGGCCGACGCCGCCGGGUGGGUAGGAGGCUUCGUGAUUUGUGUUGUGUUGGGACUGCCAUUGCCUCUGCUGCCGGUGCUGCUACUGCUGGCCAUCGCAUCGCUCGGUAGAAAAAGAAAGAGUAUUAAUUGAAAAAUGAAAUGUUAAAUAAUGUUCCCUAUAGUGUAAUUAAAAGAGCAGCGCGCAAAAGUGUGGUUUAAUUAACGGUGAUUACUGGUUAUGCGCGGUAGCUCCGGCAGAGGGCGGUGGCCAUGGGAAAGAUCGGCUAGGAGCGGUGUAUCGAAAAAUUACCUAUAAAAGUUCGUUUUUGGCUCACCGGCUGAUAGUCAGGGUAGUGUGAAAGAAUGAAAAAUUGUACAUAUAUUUUAAAUGUUGAAAUUAAAAGCAGAAACGUUUUCCCCUCGUUCCCUUCUAGCCCGGUAUGACUUAAAACAUGUUACGCAAAGUACUAAGCUAAUUUAAUUAAGUGGAAAUAUGAUGCUGCUGAAUCAUUUGUACGAACGGUCAUCUAGCUGUUGACGGUCUCUAAUGGAGAUGGUGAUGAUGAUGAUGAUGAGGAUCUGUACUAAAUUGAAAUGUGUAAAACAAAUACUAGAACUCGAACUCAGUUAUGAGAGAAAAAA